GUCAGCCGGCAGUUCGCUGUUGCGUACCGAUUGUUGCGUAUAGUCCGUCUCGCGCGCGCGUUGCGUGUACACCGUCGGGACCAGUGCAUCAGCGGCGCAGUGCGUGUGCUUCGCUCACAUACACAUAUCAUUGCUUUUCUCGUAUCGCGUAGAGUCCGUUCGUCCGUUGUUUCGUUCAGGUGCAUUCGCCGUCGGCUCUCGUUUCACGCGUCCCCGAACGUAACGCGGCGCGAUACCAAUAAGAACAAACACCGUGCGCGCGUACCUCAAAGGUCGCGGGUGUACGCGCUACCGAUAAAUGCCAUCUGCAGUGCCCGCGCAAUCGCCGCGAUGAUUGCUUCGGAGACUCGUAACCAUUGCGCGGCCGUAGUGAUGGAUCUGAGUACGCGGGCUAAUUCCGGCGGCGGAGGCGACUCCAACGACGGCGGCAGCGGUCGCCGACGUAGCGGUGCCGGUGGUAGGCCCGCCAAAUCGGUGUUUUCCAUCCGAAGCCUAGUCGGUGAGGACAUCGCGACCACCGUUCAACAGCGUCGUCACGACGGAGACGACGACGAUGGCGGCGGACACGACACUGCAGCGGACCAUCGUCGGAUGCGACGCAACCAUCGGCACCGGAACGCGGACGAAGACAACGACCGCGACCAAGAUGACGCAACGGUUUCAGCAGCAGCAUCAGCAGCUGUACCAGUAGUAAAUGUAAAUCGAGAUGAAGACGGUCAGGAAUCAGGGGAUCGUAGUUUGACCCACGACACGGUGCCAUUCGACGACCGACGGCGGGCCGCCACGGCCACUGCAGUGGCUAUGGCCGCGGCCGCCACGAUGAUGCGACAGAGGUCAGCCGCAGCUGUGGUUCAACAAAAUCAACAGCUUCAACAGCAGCUCCAUCAUCAUCAACAACAACAGCAGCAGCAGCAGCAGCAACAACAACAACAACAACAACAACAACAACAACAACAACAACAACAACAACAGCAGCAGCAGCUACAACAGCAGCAGUGCAGAACGAUCAUGGCCACUGCGGCGGCCGUAAGCGGUGGCCGCGGCCCCGGCACCGUCGGAUACGAUUAUUAUUCAUCACCACCACCACCAGCCGGUGGCUACUACGGCAGCGUGGGCGUCAUGGACGACGACAACGGUAUGGACGACGAUAUGGAACACGGCGGCGGUGACGACCGGGACGUCGACGGGGACGUGGGCCGCGACGGUAUCGUAGACAUGAGCGGUGGCGGUGGCCACGACGCGUCCGCCGACAACGAUGACGACUGCUACGGCGGCCCGCCGUCCGCCGGUGGAUCGAACAAGAGGAAACAGCGCCGGUACCGGACCACGUUCACCAGUUACCAGUUGGACGAACUGGAAAAGGCAUUCGGCCGCACUCAUUACCCGGACGUGUUCACCAGGGAAGAACUGGCGUCAAAAAUAGGGCUGACUGAAGCCAGAAUACAGGUAUGGUUCCAGAACAGACGGGCUAAAUGGCGCAAGCAGGAAAAGGUAGGACCACAGGCCCAUCCGUACAGCGGAGGAGGCGUUGGAAAUCCGUACUUAGGUGUGCCCAGUUCCAUGUCGGCCGGGCGGCACAGCCCUUCGGCCACUGCCGCACUCAGUCCACUGCCUGCCAACCCGCCUUUCAUUAUGCCCGCAGGCAUGGCCUUGGGAUCGCUGGGCAUCGGCCUGGGUACCCACCACCUGUUGCACGGUGGCCACCACCAUCACCACCAUCACCAGCAACAGUUGCAGGCCGCGGCUGCGAUGGCCGCGGCGCUUCGCGGCCACAACCACGCCGGCGGAGGUGGCAGAUCGCCCCCGCCGUCGUCGCAAGCGCUGUCGUCCGUGGCCGCGGCAGCCAUGGAACUUCAACUGCACCAGCAACAGAUGCAGCAGCAUCAGCGCAGCAACGGAUCCGCCGCAGCCAAUUUCCGGUAUCCCACCAACGCGGUACAACAGCAGCAGCAGCAACGGUCACCGCCCGGAAACGGGAGCGCGCCGAACACUCCGCCUGCAAUCGUGCCGGCGCGCAGUGGCGGCUCACCUCCGCCUGCGCUUCCUCUGCAAUCCACGCUAUACCACCCGCAACAGUCGCCGCUGCCGUCUCCUUCGGUGCCGUCCACGCAUCACCAUCACCCGUACGCCGCUGCGUAUCAUCAACAUCUGCGGGGCGCCACCGGCCAGGGGUACCAGCACCAUCACCAUCACCACCACCACCAGCAGCAGCAGCACCAUUUCAACAGCCUCCUAGCCAACAUGGCCAUGGCGGCUGCGGCCAUGCGACCAUCGGUGGCCGGCGGGUCACCGCCGUCCCAGCACUCGUCGUCCACGACGUCCGUCGUACUGCACCCGCCACCGCCACCGCCACCGCCGCCACUCGCAACCGUUCUGGCACCACCGCCCGUACCACCCACGUCGUCUUCGUCGUCAUCCGCGUCAUCGCAUUGUUCCGGGAACACGGUACCGCCGGUGUCCGACUCGUCCGGCGCGUCUCCGCCGCCCGCAGUGGUGCCCCGUGCAGGCAGCCGCUCCGGAAACAGCGAAGGCACGUCCAGUCCCGUGGGCUCCGACGGCCGUGCGUCCCCGACCGCGGCGACUACGGUGGUCGUCGACCCGGUGGCCGUGGCCGCAGCCGCUGCGGCCGCUGCCGAGUUGGAUCGCCGAUCGUCCAGUAUCGCGGCGCUUCGCAUGAAGGCUCGGCGACACCGCGACGAGAUCCGUCAGCGCGGUGGCCCGGUCGGCGACGACUUGACCACGGCCAACGGUGGUCGUUGUUCAUCCUCGUCUUCGCUGUCCUCGUCCAACUCCGCGUGAUCCACUCGUGUUCAGCGAGCGCCUAUUCUUGUACAUAUAAUUCGUCACGCGUUGACGAGUGGAAGGUGUCUACGGAUGAUUUUUCUACGAUUCUUUUAAUUUUAUUUUUUAAUAUAUUAUAAUUCCUUUGUAAGAUAGUAAUUAAGUGGAAUAUGCAGCAAAGUUAUCCGGCGAGCCUCAAACAGCGGUACAUUCGUUUUUUACUUUUAAACUUCUUCGCGAUAACAAAUACUUUUUCCGGAAAUCCGUACGACGUUGUCGGUAAAAGUUUGCUUCGAACGCGUUCGUCAAACUCUCAAACGGUUCCGAUAAAAUAACUCACGAAACUAACCUAACCGGAUCACACGUAUACUUUAUCGCACCGUUUUGCUACUCUACGUAUGCAAAUGCGUACACUAGCCGCUUUUAAUUUUCUUCUUGAUUCGUUUUCCUUUAUAUUCGCCGCCGACGAGUAGUGUUUUUGGAUUUACACGUGCAUGAAUCACUCCCGUAAAAUAAUUAAACAAUUUAAUAACCACAUUUGACGGGUUGUUUGUAUUGUUUUUGUUUCGUUAACGAUCUAUCGGCGGUAGGCGUCGUCUCGGGGAGAAAUCGCCUCCGUUCACUGCAGUGCGUAUCGUAUAUCAUAUUUAUCGUUAUUGUAUUAUUAUUGUACGUUCAUAUUGUGUAUGAGUGCAGUGACAACGGCAACAGUUUAUAGAAAUUCAAUCGUCUCUGGCGUGCCAGAACCGCAGUAGUCAUUGAUCGACCGAGAUACACCCAUGUGUGGUGUGAUACAUAUAAAUAUAAUAGAAACGACUGCACUCAAUCGAUACAUACACACACACACGUACACAAACAACGAUGUAAUAAUAAUAAUACGCACAUUUUUCCAAACAUAAUAAAGACGACGAUGGUAUAUAAUUGGUAUUUUAACGAACCAAACGUGACGUUGCUCAAACUCGCUCUCGAAGACGCGGCGCAAAACGAAUCGAAAAUAAAAUCAAAUUAAAAACCACAAACGAAUCCCAUCUGCUGCUGCGUAUCUGCAUGGUAUACCGUCCUCGCGAGUCCGUCGUCUUCUUAACGAUUUUUAUUUUCCCGUUUUCGAAAAGUGGCGAGGUUAGACGUUUCGUGUAGGUGUAUUACCGAGGAAAAAACACAUAUUGUUUGUUUGCGGUUUAAGAGUACCGAGAUACUUUAUUCUUGCUGAGGGUGGUGACCGCAUAUCGUAUUAACGGUCUAGAAUUGCAGUUAAGUGCAUAUAUAAUAAAUGCGGUGCACUUUGAUGCACAGUAGGUACAGCGUCGCUAUUCAUCCGUUAAUACGUCGUGCAGUUUUUGAACCGCAGUAGUAAAAAUGUAAUUUUGAAUUACCUACAUUGUAUUCGUCGUCGGUGCAAUAAUUGUCAUAUGUGUGUCAUCCCCGGAAUCGUGAUUUUUUCUAAAAAAAAAAAAAAAAAAACCGCCGAUUU